AUUAAAUAUGUCCCGCUUGCAAUGGUUGUUGACCACACUUUGUACAAUAUAUUUAAUUCGGAUUCUGCUGCAGUGACAACGUACGUACUGUCAGCAGUCAAUUACAUAAACCACAUCUUCAACAUGGUGGACUUGCAUAUUACACUUACCAAUCUUGAAAUUUGGUCUGACCAAGAUAAAAUUUUAGUUAGCUCAACAAAUGCCUUCGCCACGCUGAGCAACUUUCAUAAUUAUCAUAGAGAUGUACUUAUCCAAGGAAACAACUGGAGGGAUCAUCACAACGCUCAUCUCUUGAGUGGCGUACAAUUAGGUGGACUAGCAGGAUUAGCACUAACAGGCACCUUAUGUCAAUCACAAUCAGAAGCUAUGAGUGUCGCGUGGAGUUUUAAUCCGUACAGUGUAGCUGGUUCCAUCAGUCAUGAACUUGCACACAACAUGGGCAUUGGGCAUGAUUCUACGAAUUGUUACUGUCCUGGCAAAGAUUGUUUAAUGUCGCCGUACGUGAGUACCUUAGUGGACGCAUGGUCAAACUGCAGCGUUGCAAAACUAAAUGAACGCAGAGAAGGAGGAUAUCUUUCAUGUUUAACUGAUGUACCGAACCAGGUUUUCUCCGAUCAUUGUGGAAAUGGUUUUGUUGAAGAUGGUGAAGAGUGCGAUUGCGGACCUCAUGAUCUAUGCACAAACCAAUGUUGCAAUCCAGCUACAUGUAAGCUGACAGCACAUGCUCAAUGUGCACAUGGAACAUGCUGCGAUACCUCUACUUGUUCGUUUGUUCCGGCUGGAACAACUUGUAGAAACUCAGCAGGGGAGUGCGAUCUGGUUGAUAAAUGCUCUGGGGACAACGGAGAUUGUCCUGACGUCACCCUUCCAGACUUCUACCCAUGUAAUGAUAAUAAAAGUUCGUGCAACCAAGGAAAAUGUGCUCGAACGCAAAAUGAGCAAUGUAAAUACUUAUGGGGCAAGAAUGCAAAGUGGAAUAAAAACACAUGUGUGCCUACAGCAUCGCUCACAAAUCCAAAUGAAUUUGAAAAUUGCGGCCAGUCAAUGGAUGGAUCUUAUCUUGCAUGCCAGACAAGCGAUCUUCCUUGUGGCAGAAUUCAUUGUCAUGGUAACAAUUUACCAACUUUUCCUCUCCUCGGUACAAGUAGAAGAGUCUCAAUGUACUCGGAUGGACAAAAAACUUGCAAAGCUGUGACUAUGUUUGUUUAUGACAAGGAAAGCCCAACAUAUCCGCAAGAUGGCGCGAAAUGCGACGACAACUUGGAUAAGGUUUGCUAUCAACAUAGAUGUAGAAACAGAAAUGAUUUAGCUUUUCCAAAAUGUCAUGGUAUUUGUAAAAGCGGACAAGGGGUAUGCACUAACCAAGGCGUUUGUUAUUGCUUUCCAACAUUUGGCGGGUUGGAUUGCUCGCAACAUGAUGCUAGCAAUAUCUAUGGUAAACCUUACUACCCUUGUGAUGGCAAGUGCAAGAAUGGUGGUACAUGUGUAAAUGGAAAGUGUGUUUGUCCUGCUGGACGAUCCUGUCCACAUUGUAAAAAUAUUGAUCCACUUAAUUUAUCAACUCAGAGCUGUUCCAACUCAGUUGAUUCUGGUUUCCAUUGUGCGGAAUAUUCAUUUGGGGGUUCAUUUACUUCUGUUGGUUGCAAACAGAAAAUCCCUCAGGAAGACCCAGAUUUUGAAUUAAUAGGCAACUUUCGUAAUCAAAUUGAUUGGCAAAACUUUGAUUUCUUUACAAGAAGAAUACUCUGCGAAUGUGCUAAACUAGCAAAGACUGGUGGGUUUAACAUCUUUGGAAUUCAGUUUUGGGGAGAAUGCUGGGCGUCGAAGUCGAACUCAACGACAGCGAGUUCAUCUGUAAAUGAUUGUUGCAACACUGCUUAUCAGGUUUGCACGAAUGGUGAUCGUAAAUGUGUUGGAAAAGACGAUGGAAUUUAUAUGUACCGCUUAACCAAAUAAUAGAUUCAAAAGUUUUUUUACGUUCUGUUUGAAA